GAGACAGUCGUAGGCGCGUGUUGUAAUUCAAACCAGUAGUAGGUAUUUGCCACAGAGCCGCUCGAAUUUGUGCAAUAGCGUCGGAAAUAACUUGUGCAUUUUAAAUAUGGCUGGUGGUAAAGCAGGUAAAGACUCUGGGAAGACCAAGACGAAGGCGAUUUCACGCUCGCAAAGAGCAGGACUGCAGUUUCCAGUGGGUCGUAUCCACAGACACCUCAAGUCGAGGACCACCAGCCACGGCAGAGUGGGGGCCACAGCAGCGGUGUAUAGCGCGGCUAUUCUUGAAUACCUCACUGCCGAGGUACUGGAGUUGGCAGGAAAUGCAUCGAAGGAUCUUAAAGUGAAGCGUAUAACCCCACGCCACUUGCAGCUGGCUAUCAGAGGAGAUGAAGAAUUGGAUUCACUUAUCAAGGCCACUAUUGCUGGUGGAGGUGUGAUCCCUCACAUUCACAAGUCUCUGAUUGGAAAGAAGGGCCAGCAGAAGACCGUAUAACCUGAAGUGCUCUAGAAGCCGUGUCAUCUCAGGAUGAAGCCUGCAUCAAGUGGUUAAAUGUCUUAGAUUAGAACACCUUUAGGAGUUAUUUGUAUGGUUGGGCUUGCAUUUACUCACCUGGGGUAUUUUAAAGUGGCUUCAGAGAAGCUCAUUUUUUUGUUUUGGCCUUUGUCCUGGUGUUGCGGUUUGAAAUUUGCUUUUGUGGCAUUCCCAUGUUUAAAGUGGUGUUUUAAUAAAGCUCUUAUUGGGCAGUUGCAGUUUGUGCUUUCAGUUCUUGCCUGUUCAUGAUCUCCAUUUUCUACAAAUAAAAUCAGUUGGCUACCC